AUGCACAAGCCCAUGGAGAAGUCCCAAAACUUCCGCAUCGAGGCGCUUCUGGCUGAAGAGCCGGCACGGAGCGGGUCCCCAUCGGGGCUGAGCCCCGAGAGCCCCGUAGCGAGCCCCGACCCUGCCGGACGCUCCGACAUCGCUUCACCGCGGGCACUCCCGGCCUCCGCACCCCUUGCCCCAGCCGGCUUUGUCCCCAAACCCGGCUUGCUGCAUCUCCCCGGGCUCGGGGCCCUGCCGGCCCUGUACCCGUCCGCCGUGUACCCUCUCCCGGCCCUGGGGAGCCAGCACCCCUCUUUCUCUUACACCGGCAUCCCCCACCUGCCGCCGCCCGGCCCGGAGCACCUGAAGGCUGCCGUGGCCGGCUCCUUCCCCCUGGAGCACUGGAUCCGAGCCGGGAUGCUGGUGCCGAGGCUCUCCGACUUCCACGCAGCCCCACAGUCUGGCUUGAUGGGGAAGUGCCGUCGGCCCCGCACAGCCUUCACCAGCCAACAGCUCCUGGAGCUGGAGAACCAGUUCAAGCUCAACAAGUACCUGUCCAGACCCAAGCGUUUUGAGGUGGCAACAUCGCUGAUGCUCACCGAGACGCAGGUGAAGAUCUGGUUCCAGAACCGCCGCAUGAAGUGGAAGCGGAGCCGCAAAGCCAAGGAGCAGGGAGCUCAGGUGGAAGCUGAGAAGCAACGAGGGCUCAGCAAAGCCUGCGAGAAGCUGCUGUCCGGAGAGCCACAGGGACAAGCUCCAGGAAGCCCCGAAUUCAUGGGGUGCAGCCCCGGCUCAGGCUUCCUGCACCGCAGCUCCGCCCAGCUGGGCUAUAGCCCGGACUCCUCCUGCUCGGGGGAUGAGGAGGACGAGGAAGAGGAGGACGAGAUGGGUGCCACGGAGAGGAAGAUCGGCUCUGUGUUGUGA